CAGCGAACUAAAACAACACAACUUAACACCUAAUUUUCGACACCACGACAGGUGCAGUGCACGCAUGGAGAUUUACGGGUUUACGAAGAGAACAAGCGGUGGGUACAGUGACAAUAUGAACCAGCCGCGAUUUAAAAUCCAAGCCUGCCUGUCUCAUCCCUCCGCCUCCUGGUGCCCCCUUUGCAGCUUCUGUCUGCCUCCAUGUGGCAGCUUGCAAAGCAGAAAGAUGUGAUGAACUACGAGAAGCUGCAGGAGUUUGUGUUCACGGUGACAGAGGCGAUCCCCGGUCUGAUCAGCCACAGGCAGAGAGCCCAGCUCAUCCUCGGACUCAGAGCGAGGUUGAUACUGGAGCUUUGCAAAGGCUCGGCAUGCGGUUCUAUUGAUUCUCAAGGGAUCCAGAGCCAUCUGGAUAGACUUCCAGUAACCUCUGAAAACACAGAUUAUAGGGAUGCAGAGGUGAAAACAACAGAGUCUACAUUUAUUGCUCUGGUUCAAAGUCUGCUGAAAGAUCCAAUUGAGAGGGCGUAUUUCUUUCAGGAAGUUUUCCCAGUGGAAUAUGGUGCGCAGUAUGACUCAGCACUACAUAUGUUAUUAUGGGAUCUGCUCUCAAAGCUGGAAAAGCUGUUUCCAGUACCAGACCUAAAACAGACUGCAGCCUGGGUUGGCUCGGCUCCUUUUGUGUUGGAGGCAUGCGUUCAGCCAUCAUCUGAAGAUCUGAACUUAAUCUACCAGCGCUACAAAAGUUCAGGACUACUGAAAAUUACAUAUGGUCCUCCUUCCACCAUUGGUAACUGCAUCAUGUCUGCGUUAUCAAUCCCUCCUUCACAAAAGACAAAUGUAUCAGUUGGACUGGACUCUAUCCAUAACUACGCUAACAUACUGAACCCUGUUGCUUUUGCUGAAGCCGACCAGUACAGCGUGGUGGCCGUCUACACUGAAGUGGAAGUCGGAGCGCCUGAAGUGGAUGAGCAAAUGAUUGAGUCAGCUGCAGUUCAAGUUCAGACAGAUUUCUAUGAAGAGGAGAUAGUGGCUGUGAGUGCGGAUAGUGUUGGCGGCGAGGAGGCUGCCACUGCGAGGGCUGAAGAAACGAGUGAGACUGUGGGUGUAGCAAAAGCUUUGGAGACUUUGACAAGAACUUUUGCGUUAAGGAAAGAAAGCCUGGCGCAUGAAGUACUUAUAGAAAAGAACAACCAGACAUCCAUAAAUGAUGAGCUUGAAUCAGGAAAGGGAAGAGAUGAAGGACAAAAACAUGACGGACAUGAAACAAGUGACCAAACUGAAAGGAAACGAGAAGUCAUUGCAGAAGAAAAGAUGGAUGAUUUCCAGAAUGGAGGCAUAGAUAGAAAUAUAUAUGCAGACCCGAAAGAUAACUCAUUUUCUGCUGAAGAAAUUACAGAAUACCAGAGAGACAUUCCUGAAGUACAACAGUCUGACUCAUCAGUAAAUGUGCGAAGAUCCACACGUCUGCAACUGAAGACUCCACCGAGUUGGCAGGAGACGUGUAGAAUAAAGAGGACAGCGGGAGAAAAUAGCGAAGAACCAAAAAUGAGCACUGCUGAUGCAUCAGCUGCCCCGUCUGUGAUAGCCAUCAAAGGAUCUGACAAAGGAGAUUCAGAUGAGAUGACAACUAUCAUCUUCACCUGCUCGCAGUGUCCUUUCCAUAACUCUGAUGAAAACAGUCCUCCACACUUCCACAUGCAGAGUGUUCACACAGAGGCCUACAGGACUCUCUCAGAAGCUAAAUUUACACCAUCCCCCUCUAGCACCGAUGAAAUAUUUACAUCUAUUAAACUUUUCCCCAGAGGAAACUCUGAGAAGAGAAAAGCAGAGCAACCCAAUAAUGAGAGCGGAGUUUCUCAGUCUCAUGGCCGACAGAGAUCGCUCACAUGCGAAACGUGUGGUAAGACAUUCACCCGGACAUCUGAUGUCAGGAGACACCAGCUCACUCACACGGGAGAAAGACCAUUUCACUGCUCGCAGUGUGACCGAACCUUCCAGCACUCCUGGGAUCUCGCGAAGCACGAGAGCAAACAUCACGGCGUGGCCAUCUCCUUCACCUGCCAGCUAUGCAGGAGCUCCUUCGCUAACCUCAGGACAUUGACUGUCCACCAUAAAAAGUCUCACUCGCAGGAAAGCCAGCUCCCUCAAAUGUGCUCUAUCUGCAGCCGGAGUUUCCCAAGUUCAUCUGAGCUGCUGGAGCACAGGAAGUCCCACUUCACCACUAAACGCUACAUCUGCCAGCAGUGCGGUGAAGGCUUCGACACCCUUUUUGCACGCUCUCAGCACCGGCAAAUCCAUCAAGUGAAGCGUCAGUUUAAAUGCCCGCAUUGUGAGAAGACAUACACUCGGAGGUCUGACGUUAAGAGGCAUCUGUCCACUCACACUGGGGAGCGACCCUACCAGUGUAACCACUGUAGUAAACGGUUCUCUCUCCGCUUCAUGCUUAUCAAACACCUCCGUGUUCACACGGGUGAGAGGCCUUUCCAGUGUUCCCACUGCCCUAAGAGGUUCACCCUGGUGUCUGUGUUGGCCAGACAUGAGAGGAUGCACACUGGGGAGAAACCCUUUCUCUGCUCUCAAUGUGGGAAAGGCUUUUUGUCACAGGGUGAGCUCUCAAAACAUCACAGGUCACACAUGGAUGACAGGCCGUACUCCUGCCCUCAGUGUGACAAGCGCUUUAAGAGCAAGAAAACCCAACAAGAACACAUCUUUUCCCACACUGGUGCCCGCCCGUACCCCUGCACCUACUGCGGGAAGGGCUUCACCAAACCAUACGCACUCACCAGACACAACCUCAUCCACACAGGAGAGAGGCCAUUCCCCUGUUCACACUGUGAGAAGUCCUUUCUCACCCUCAGCGAGGCUCAGCUGCAUCAGAGGAUCCACACAGGGGAACGGCCGUAUCCCUGCGACACGUGCGAGUUGAAGUUCAAGAGCUCAUCGGAGUUGGCACGACACAAACGCAGCCAUUCCGGGUUGAAGCGGGCGAAGCCGUACUGCGAGCAGUGCAUGACGACAUUCACAUCUAAGGCCAAACUGAAAAAACACAUGGAGACACACAAGGAUGAAGGAGACACAGCACAGUCUGUGGAGACCAAGGAAUGAAAUGAAUGUGUAACAGAGACGAUCAGAUUUUUUUUUGAUAGUUUCAGCUUUUUAUAUUCGGUUUUUCACUUCAUAACAGGAAAUUUAUGUUCAAACUGGUUUUGAGUGAAAAUUUUGGGUGAGCAAAAUCUGUUCCUUUAGUUGACCUUUUCACUGCGUGUGUUGUCUUUUUCUUUUUCUGUGUUGCAAAUGUACUAUUGUCUACCUAUUUUGGGAGGCUAAAUGAAAAUAAAGGCACUUUUCUGAUCUUCAAAAGCAGACGAGCAGGUGGCAAAAAAAAGGACAAACGCAUGAUUUUGUGAUCCAAUGGCUGUAACAUCAUAGAAGGGCAAGAUUUCUCGGAGAGCUUUGUUAUCAGAUUUAAAAUUUGUGUCCUUCAAUAAAUACUGCUUUUA